GGGGCGCGCCCGCUGGCCGGCGCCGGUGCGCUCGCUGCUGCGCGCCUUCGCCACCCGGGACGCCGCCCCCGCCGCAGUCCGAGGCCCGGCGCAAGAUGAGAUGGACCAAGCUCCCCCAGCACGCUCUGAAUAUCUGGUCUCAGGGAUUCGAACUCCCCCCGUGAGGAGGAACAGCAAACUGGCCACUCUGGGCAGGAUCUUCAAACCCUGGAAAUGGAGGAAAAAGAAAAACGAAAAGCUGAAGCAGACGACAUCCGCGUUGGAGAAGAAGAUGGCCGGCAGGCAAGGUCGGGAGGAGCUCAUCAAGAAGGGGCUGCUGGAGAUGAUGGAGCAGGAUGCUGAAAGCAAAGCAUGCAACCCUGACGGUGGCCCCCGAGCCACACAGAGUGAGCCGUCCACUCCCAAGCAGGAGGCGCUGACUUCAGGACAGGCCCAGCCGGGAAGCCCCGCAGCCACUGGGACGGACCAGGCUUCCUUAGAGGAGCCGCUGUCCUCCGACACUCAUUCAGACGAUGCAGCCAAGAUGCCGUCAGCAUCCAGAGGUGAAGAAACAGAUGCUGCCGGCAGCCUUCCGCCUACCAUGGAUGAUUCCUCUGAAGCCUUAGCUGGGUCCGAGUCCCUGGACAGUCCUCCAAGACCCCUGGAGAGAUCCAUGGGCCAGCUCCCCAGCCCCCCACUGCUGCCCACCCCGCCGCCCAAGGCAGGCUCCAAAACUACAAAAAAUGUCACAGGCCAGCCUGCACUCUUCCAAGGCUCUGGAGGGAAGAGUACUGACCCGCUCCUCCGAGGACAGCUUUCCACGCCCACGGGGUCUCCGCAUCUUACCACUGUCCACCGGCCACUGCCCCCCAGCCGUGUCAUCGAGGAGCUGCACAGGGCGCUGGCCACCAAGCACCGCCAGGACAGUUUUCAAGGAAGGGACAGUAAAGGGUCCCCGAGGAAGCGGGUGGACGUCCGUCUGUCGAGAACGUCCAGCAUGGAGCGGGGCAAGGAGCGGGAGGAGGCUUGGAGCUUCGACGGGGCCACGGACAACAAGCGGACAGCAGCUCAGGAGUCCGAGGAGAACAAGGAGAACCUGAUCCUGAACUCCGAACUCAAGGACGACCUGCUUCUGUAUCAGGACGAGGAGGCGCUGAAUGACUCCAUCAUUUCUGGAACACUGCCCAGGAAAUGCAAGAAGGAGCUCUUGGCAGUGAAACUAAGGAACCGGCCCAGCAAGCAGGAAUUGGAAGACCGGAAUAUUUUCCCCAGGAGGACUGAUGAAGAAAGGCAGGAAAUUCGGCAGCAGAUUGAAAUGAAACUCUCCAAACGGCUGAGCCAAAGACCUGCCGUGGAGGAACUGGAGAGGAGAAAUAUCUUGAAACAAAGGAAUGAUCAGACUGAGCAGGAAGAAAGAAGAGAAAUCAAGCAAAGAUUGACACGAAAGCUUAACCAGAGACCCACAGUUGAUGAAUUAAGAGACAGAAAAAUUCUGAUACGAUUCAGUGAUUAUGUGGAAGUGGCGAAAGCGCAGGACUAUGACAGACGGGCAGACAAACCCUGGACGAGACUGUCGGCAGCAGAUAAGGCAGCAAUUCGUAAAGAACUAAAUGAAUACAAAAGUAAUGAAAUGGAGGUACAUGCAUCAAGCAAGCAUUUGACAAGAUUCCACAGGCCAUAGAGAUUUUCUUCUGAGAAGAAUUUGUGUUUAAUUUUUGAUACCAACACUGAACAUUCAUCAGGGAACUUUCCUGAAGUUCAGCUCAAGACUACUUGCUGUGUUUGUGAGUGGAGCAGGAUCACACACACACAUGAAAUCUUGGCCACACUUACCUGUAAGAGGAGAAACCAGAGGACACACUUCACUCUUGGUGUCUGAGGAGUAUGAACUGUUGGGGUCAGUUAAGACCCAAAGUAACUCUACUAGAAGAAAACUGUUGUUUGCCUUUCAACCUUGUUUUAUGGUUCUGCAGUGUAACGGAAGACGGGCGACAUGCAUGUGCAGGCUCACCACUCCAAGGCCUCUGACAUGAGGGAUGUGUGACGCAGUGUCAUUCAGUAUUAUGUUGAAAAGACAUUUUGAUUCUGAUCACAAUUAAUUUGAGAACUCUUUAAGUUCAUGUUAUACAAAUGAUUUACUGUAUUAUACUUUUUCUUUUUUUAUAUAAUGUCUAACAAAAAAAUACAGCUGCAACAUUUUGAUUCCUGUUAAUUUUGUCCUUUAAUUAAAUGACUACUUAUGCAGGAAAUUAACCUGGGCUUUACAUUUUCUUGGGCUUGGGAUGAGAGAUUGUUAGAAUAAGGAUCUGUGAAAUA